AUGAGCGACCUUGACGCACAGCCAGGAUGUUUUGCUCACUUUUUCUCGCGCAAAACGCGUUUUGGGAAAUUGACAACUCGCACAGAAACCAAGUCCACUCUCCAAGAUAAGCCGUUGUCAGAACAAGAAAAGGUUUACGGUGAGGCGGAUAAACGGCUUAGCGAUAGUGAAACUCUAGGAAAGACGGACAAUCACUGUUAUUUUACCCCCAAUUGUGUCUUUUCCUACGGCUCUGAGGAUGAGUGGUGGAAUGUGGCAGAACAGCUCCCGUCCUAUUCCUCUAUUUCAAACUCCUUAGCACACAUACCCGGAAGUGCUACCUCUGUUAUUGACAAAACCUUGAACCAAAAAAAUGAAAGUCUUCGUGCCCUUAGUAUGAAGAUACAUGGACACCCGGAAACCAUGUUCACAGAGAACUAUGCUCAUGACCUCCUGACUGCUUACAUGGAAAAAUGUGGCUUCAAAGUUACCAGACACUAUCUUGGGCUCAACACCGCCUGGAAAGCGGAGUAUAGUCAAGGUACAGGAGGCAGAGUCAUUGGCAUCAACUCGGAGAUGGACGCUUUGCCAGGUAUUGGGCAUGCAUGUGGUCAUAACCUCAUAGCUAUCAGUGGAGUCGGGGUUGCUAUUGCCCUGAAAGCCGCCCUAGAGGCCCAACCUCAGACUUCAGCUAAGCAAUCUAAAGCUGAAGAGGGUGGCGGCGGAAAGGUUAUCUUACUGGAACGCGGAGCUUACGAAGAAAUGGAUGCUUGUAUAAUGUGUCAUCCUUCUACAGGUCUUCCUCACUCAGCAAGCGUUGGAAGCUCGACCGCAAUGCAGAGUAUACAAGUCGAGUACUUUGGUCAUGCUGCACACGCAGGCGGUGCUCCAUGGGAAGGAACAAAUGCAUUGGAUGCCGCAUUUAUUGCAUACUCUGGGAUCUCUAUGCUACGCCAACAAAUGAAACCCGAUCAUCGAGUUCAUGGUGUCGUAGAAGGCAGAAAUUGGCUCCCAAAUGUCAUUCCGGAUUAUGCAAAAAUGCGUUGGCUUGCUAGAGCACCUACAUCAGAUGAACUAUCCUCAUUUACGAAACGGGUCCAAAAUUGCUUAGAAGCAGCGGCUCUUGCUACCGGGUGCAGAGUUGACAUAAAACUCGACAAUGCCUACUUCGAUCUUCAUCAAAAUCCAGUGCUAGCCCAGGGUUUCGCUGAUAUUGCAGGAAGUCAAUACGGAAUCGUAACAACAACAAAGUCGACCUCUGCAUCUACUGAUUUUGGAAACGUCUCAUAUGGUAACAUUAAGUUCCUUGUGAUCCAGACCCAGAAAUUUCCUGCUUACAUCGUCAUCUACCUCCAGCUCUCCCUGCCCUACACCCGGCUUUCGGUAGGUGUUGCUAUAUCGUCUUCUCUACCUCUCCUUUUGGUUCUUAUGAAACAUGCAGCCAUUCCCACAGAACCAAACGGUGGGAACCACACAGCCGCUUUCGCCAAAGCGGCUGGGACUGAGGCAGCUCAUACAGCGACGAUCGCCAUCACUAAAAGUUUAGCUUUAACAGGGUACCGCGUUCUCACAGACACGACCUUCUUUAACAGGGUUCAAGCAUCUUUUGAGCGAAGCAAGACCGUGCUUGCUUGA